CGUCACGAGCGCUCCGCGGCGCGCGGGCCCAGCUCCAUGGUGGAGCAGGAGAGGCUGCGGCGGCUCCUGAGGCUGGUCCAGGAGGGAAAGCUGGCUCUCCUGCGGGAUGAGCUGAGGCUGGAUGAGGUUCCAGAGGCUCGCAGCUGGCGCUGGGGCCGUUUGGGAGAUUCCCUCCUGCACCACGCUGCUCGCUUUGGACACAGGGAUGUGCUGGAAUUCCUGGUGCAGGAGGUCGGCAUGGACAUGGAGGUGACCAAUGGGGACUACAAGAGACCCCUCCAUGAGGCUGCGUCCAUGGGGCACCUGGAAUGUGUGUCCUUCCUCCUGGAGAGAGGGGCCAGCGUGGACUGCUUGAAAAAGGCUGACUGGACUCCUCUGAUGAUGGCUUGCACCAGGAAAAACUUGGAAGUGAUCAAAACCCUGGUGGAGCACGGAGCCAACCCGUUGUUGAGGAACAAGGAUGGCUGGAACUGCUUCCACAUAGCCAGCAGGGAAGGGCACCCCGAGGUGCUCCACUACCUCCUGGAUGUGUCCCCAAGGUGCUGGGACACCGAGAGCACCACGGGGAGAACGCCUCUGCACACAGCAGCGAUGCACGGCUGUUUCCAGGUCGUGGAGCUGCUCCUGGAACGGUGCCAGUACAAAGGUGACAGCAGGGACAGCUGUGGGGUCACUCCCUUCAUGGACGCUCUCCAGAACGGGCACGUUGGCAUCGCCCGGCUGCUGCUGCAGAGACACCAGGCCUGUCCCACAGCUAUCCUCUGGAGCUCCUGCUCAGGCCAGGGCAGAUCUGUGCAGCCCCAGGCUGGGGAUGGAUCCCAGCCCGGAGCUGAUCCCAAAUUCCUCAUUCUGCAGGAAGGACAUGGCCACACCAUCCAGACCCUGCUGUCCCUGGGCGCUGAUCUCCAGGCCAAGGAUGGGAAGGGCCGUUCUGCCCUGCACGCGGCCAGCGCCGGGCAGCGCGCGGGGGCCGUGGGGGCUCUGCUGCGGGCCGGCCUCCAGGACGCUCCUGAUGCCACGGGAACGCUGGCCCAGCAGCUGGCCAGGAGCCCUGAUGUCAUCCAGCUCUUCCAGGCGACACCUGAAGAGGAGGAACCCGCUCCUUUUCCACACGCUCCCUGAAAACAGAAACCAUCCAAGGAAGUUCCACUUCCAGGGAUCCUCCUGGCUUUUCCUGGGAAUCUCCACACCCUGAACAUCCCCAUGGAGAAAAUCCACCUGGAUCAUGGAUUUACCUGCUCUCCACAAAUCCCUUAAAUUGCUUUAUUUGCAAUUUAAUUUUUGUGUGUGACCUUUUUGGGGUAGCACAGAGACUCUUGGAGCUGCACCAACCUUUUGAAUGCUCCUUGUAGCCCACAGCUGAUCCCAAAAGCUGCAGGAAUCUGUGGUGGGACCUUGUGAGGACACCAGGGAGCUCUGGAUCAGACUAAAAUAAAGAGGUGUUUUAUCCCAGAA